AUGGACCGCGAGCCUCACGAACCCUCCGCUGGCGUCAUCUUGGUUCCAAGCCAGCCGCCGCCCAGCGAGCCUUCUGGGCCUGGUCCUCAGGGGCCCAGCGCGGGGGGCGACUCAGGCAUCAUGAGCCAGGACACCGAGGUGGACAUGAAGGAAGUGGAACUGAACGAGCUGGAACCCGAGAAGCAGCCGAUGAACGCGGCGUCUGGGGCGGCGAUGGCCGUGGUCGUGGCGGGCGGCACCGAGAAGAAUGGUCUGGUGAAGAUCAAGGUGGCCGACGACGAGGCAGACGCGGCGGCCGACGCCAAGUUCACGGGCCUGUCUAAAGAGGAGCUGCUGAAGGUGGCGGGCAGCCCCGCCUGGGUACGCACCCGCUGGGCGCUGCUGCUGCUCUUCUGGCUCGGCUGGCUGGGCAUGCUGGCCGGCGCCGUGGUCAUCAUCGUGCAGGCGCCUCGCUGCCGCGAGCUGCCGGAGCAGAGAUGGUGGCACAAGGGCGCCCUCUACCGCAUUGGAGACCUUCGGGCCUUCCUGGGCCAUGAUGCGGGCAACCUAGCGGGCCUAAAGGAGCGGCUGGAUUACUUAAGCACGCUGAAGGUGAAGGGUUUUGUGUUGGGCCCAAUUCAUAAGAACCAGGAGGAUGACCUCACAGAGACCAACUUGGAACAGAUCGACCCCAUUUUUGGCUCCCAGGAAGAUUUUGAGAGUCUCCUGCACUCGGCGAAGAAGAAGGGCAUCCAGGUCAUCCUGGACCUCACUCCCAACUACAAGGGCCAGAGCCCUUGGUUUCAAUCCACUCAGAUUGACACUGUGGCCACCAAAAUGAAGGAAGCUCUGAAGUUUUGGCUGGAGACUGGUGUGGACGGGUUUCAGGUCCGGGACGUGCAGAAUCUGACAAAUGCGUCUUCAUUCUUGGCUGAGUGGCAGAACAUCACUAAGAGCGUCAGUGAGGAUCGGCUCUUGAUUACAGGCACAGACUCCUCCGACCUUCAGCAGAUCCUGAGCCUGCUCGAACCCACCAAGGACCUGUUGUUGACUAGCUCUUACCUGUCACACUCCAACUUAACUGGGGGUCAUACAAGUCUCCUGGUCACCGAGUAUCUGAGCGCCUUUGGCAGCCGCUGGUGCAGCUGGAGUGGGUCUCAGGCGGGGCUCCUGACUUCCUUUGUGUCGCCCCAACUCCUCCGACUCUACCAGCUGCUGCUCUUCACCCUGCCGGGGACCCCAGUGUUCAGCUAUGGAGACGAGAUUGGCCUGGAGGGAGCCGGCCUUCCUGGACAGCCUAUGAAGGCCCCGGUCAUGCUGUGGGAUGAAUCCAGCUUUCCCAACAACUCAGCAUCUAUAAACAUCAGCAUGACUGUGAAGGGCCAGAGUGAGGACCCUAACUCCCUCCUUUUCCUGUUCCGCCGGCUGAGUGAUCAGCGGGGUAAGGAACGCUCCCUGCUGCACGGAGACUUCUACAAUCUCUCCUCGGGGCCCGACCUCUUCUCCUACGUCCGCCAGUGGGACCAGAACGAGCGUUUCCUCGUAGUGCUCAACUUUGGGGAUGUGAGCCAAAUGGCCAGGCUGGGGGGCUCCAGCCUGCCUACCGGCACCAGCCUGCCGGCCAAGGUGGAUCUGCUGCUCAGCACCCAGCCAGGCCGUGAGGAGGGCACCUCCCUUGAGCUGGAGCACCUGAACCUACAACCUCAUGAGGGGCUGCUGCUCCACUUCCCCUACGUGGCCUGA